ACUACAUCAACAAUAACAAUCCCCAUCAUCGGCGCCUCCAUCACCGGCCUCACCACCGCCCACUCCCUCCUCUCGCACUUCACCACAUCCAACAAUAUUACCAACAACAAGGGCCCAAAAAUUAAAAUCCUCCUCAUCAACCCCACCCCAACCUUCUACUGGGCCAUCGCGGCCCCGCGCAUCCUCACCAAACCAAGUGCUUUCACAGAGUCACAAUACCUCAUCCCGAUCGCGGAUGGAUUCACAAAAUACUCCCCGGAUGUCUUCGAAUUCAUCCUAGGGAGAGCAACCUCUCUCGAUUUCGAUAAAAAGUUACUGCAAGUUGAGGAAGUCACCGACACUGAGAGUAAUAAGUCACUGAGAGAAAUCAAAUACGAUUACUUGGUCAUCGCGUCGGGGAGUACACCAUCUGCUUCGUCAACGGAAACAUUAUUCCCCGGUGAGGAUGGGGAGAAGGAAAUAUACCCCUUCAAACUAUCCCCCACAUCUACCACCACCAUCACGGAGGCGAUUAAAUCUGCCCAGACCACCAUCUCCACCGCGAAAAGAAUCACAGUCAUUGGUGCUGGCCCUAUUGGUGUGGAAAUAGCGGGUGAAUUGGGUGAUCUCAUCACCCCCUCUUCCUCUUCUUCCUCCGAAGGAGAAUCGAGGAAAGAAAUAACCCUCAUCUCCUCCACACCACGCAUUCUCCCCACAUUAAAACCCUCCGCCAGCGAAACAGCCACAUCUCUCCUCACUAAUAAAGGCGUGCGAGUCCUCACUGAUCAGAAAGUCAUUUCUGUCUCUUCUAAAGAACAGGGGGGUUAUGAACUCAAGCUUAAUAACGGGGAGACGCUCGAGACAGAUAUCUACAUCCCGACUAUCGGAGUCCUGCCUAAUAGUUCUUAUAUUCCCCCGGAAGUACUCGAUGAGCGUGGCUGGGUGAGGGUUGAUGAGGAGUUGAAGGUGGAGGGUGUGGAGGGGGUGUAUGCGGCGGGGGAUAUUACCACUCAUAAGCAGAAGUUGUCGUUUAAGGCGGAUGAGAUGGCUGGGGUGGUGGUGGGGAAUUUGGUGGAUGAUAUUGGUAAUAUUAAUGGUGUUGGGAAGGGGGGUAAGGGGAGGGGAUGGUGGAGAUGUGGUGGUGGUGGGAGGAAGACGUAUGAUGAAGGUAACGAUGUGAUGAUGGUGGUUCCUGUGGGAACUUCUGGCGGUACAGGGCAGGCGUUUGGGUGGGUGUUGGUGAGUUUUAUGGUGUGGUUGGCCAAGGGGAGGGAUUAUUUUAUUUGGAAGGCUAAGGGGUAUGUGUUUAAAUAG